CCUAAGCUAACAUCACGUGAUAAUAGGCAAGAAGAAGCAAUCUGAAGCAUAAAAAUGUCUACAUUAAAAGAUGAAAUUGAGGCUUGUAACGUCAAGUUUAUGGCAGCUUUUGACAAGGGAGAUAUGGCCGCUCUUUCUUUAUGCUAUUCCGAGGAUUGCAAGCUAAUGCCUACUGGUGCUGGAGUCAUGGAGGGCAGGGAGGCUGUCCCCAAGAUCUUCCAAUCAGUUCGUGAUGCUGGGGCUACUAAAGUGGUCCUGCGAACUGUAGAAGUUGGUCCAAUGGGUGGAGGAGAUGUAGUUUACGAGAGAGGCUCCUACACUUUCUACAAGGGAGACGGGUCUACUUUUGAUGAUGGAAAGUAUGUUGUGAUUUGGAAGAGGAUUGGUGGGCAGUUGUAUCUCUACACUGACAUCUUUAACACCAACGGAUCCCAGUAAAGUUGACACUCUUUGCUACACUACCUAAUAUGCUGCUCAAUUGACUGUCCCUUCAUUAUUAAAUUUUUUCGACAAACUAGAUCUAUUUUUUUUCUAAAUAAUGUUGUUGCUAAUGAUAAUAAAAA